GCGAGAAGGAAGCGAGUCUCAGAAGGAGUAGGGAAACGAGAAGAAACCGAAAAGAAAAUGAUUUGGGGUCAAUCACAAUAGUUUACGUAUCCUAGUUACUUUAGUAUAAGAACGCAUCGCGUCGAAAAGUUAUCCAACUUGAAGGAUUUCUUCAUGGCUGAGCAGGGCUCACGACUCGACUCGUCUCUUCCAGUGUUUACGCCCGAUGUUAAGAGGAUGGGUGGUGUUUACCUCGGCGAUUCAUCCCCUCCCUUGUACUCUAGCAGUGCGCGGCGGUCACUGUUCUUACGCGUCAGCGCUGCCUUCUUCGCAGGAUUCCUUAUAUGCCUGGCUGUAGUUGCGCGGUAUACCUCAAACCAAUCAUGCUUGCCAUUUUCAGCCUUAUCCGCUUUACUUCCUAUGGACGUGGGAACACCCGAAUGGCACCAAUACCCUCCGGCCGAGCCCACUAACGCGUUUCCCUCUGCGUUUCCAUCCAAUGUUGGCUAUCCCGGUCCAACACAAGCAGGUGCCGAGCCUGGCGUAGCUGCUACAGCUCCUGCCUAUCCUUUGCAUUCUAAUGACUUCAACAUUUUCCGUAGCUGGGGAAGCUCAUCUCCGUGGUACUCCAUCCCACGUGGAAAAUUUGGUGUAGAUUCUAGUCCAGAAGCCCCCGACACCUGCAACAUCACUGGAGUGCAUCUUCUCCAUCGACACGGUGCACGAUACCCUGCUGACUUUGUUAGCGGUACUGGGCCAGCUGGAUUUGCCUCCAGGUUAAACAAGAAUGCAGAAAAUAUCACCGUUACUGGGCCUCUUUCAUUUUUGGACAACUGGACAUACAAGCUAGGAAGCGAAGGAUUAACACCUUUCGGGAGGUCUCAAUUGUUCGAUCUCGGCGUGUCAAUGCGCAUGAGAUACGGGUUUCUUCUGAAGAAUUUCAGCGACACGAAUUCCUUGCCCGUGUUCAGAACUGACUCCCAAACCCGGAUGCUGGACUCUGCGCAUAACUUUGCUCUCGGAUUUUUUGGUUACCCUCUCGAGGGUCAGUACCAACAAGAGAUCAUGAUCGAAGCCAAAGGUUUCAACAAUACUCUCGCCCCUUAUCGAUCUUGCCCCAAUAAUGACAUUCCAUAUAUCGGCUACCGCGGCGCACCACCUGCUGAUGCAUGGAAAGCAGUGUAUCUCAGGGAUACCGUUCAUCGUUUGCAACGAUAUGUUCAUGGGUUUGACUUGGAAGUUCGAGAUGUUUAUGCCAUGCAAGAAUUGUGCGCCUUUGAGACGGUUGCUCUUGGUUAUUCCAAGUUCUGCGAACUGUUCACGCAGAAGGAGUGGGAAGGCUUCGAUUAUUCAUACGAUAUUAACUAUUGGUACGGUUUAGCUUGGGGCUCACCUAUAGCCAGGGCAGAAGGAAUUGGCUAUGUGCAAGAGCUUGUGUCUCGUCUCACUCAGACGCCGAUUGAAACGCACAAUACUUCUACUAAUGCGACACUUCAUAACGCUGUCACUUUCCCCCUUGGAAACAGCCUUUAUGUGGAUGCGACGCAUGAAACUGUAGUAUUAAAUGUCCUUACUGCAUUGAAUCUUUCGAGCUUUGCGGCGAUGGGACAAUUGCCUACUGAUCAUAUACCAAAACGGCGCACGUUUAGGUCAGCAGAGCUUGCCCCAUAUGCAACCAAUGUACAGUUCCAGCUUCUGUCAUGCUCCACGGAGCCCGACCCACAAAUUCGUGUGAUCGUUAAUGAUGGUGUUGUACCGCUGGCAAAUCUAGAUGGAUGUCAACAUCAUCCAGAUGGGAUGUGUUCGAUUCAUGCUUUUGUCGACGCGCAGAAAGAGAACAUUCGGAGUACCGACUGGAACUUCGUUUGUAACACCAACUUGACAUUCCCCGAUGGAUGGAAGACUACGACGGGCUAUCCUGUUUAGAUUCGUCGUCCAGUCAUUAUGGUGCUAUGGAUGUUGUCGAUAGUAAUUCGCCAAAAGAGCGACACCCGUGAAUCUCAUCAUGCAUUACAUAUCA